CCUUUUGUAACUGUCCUAGGAAAUAGCCCCGAGCUGAAGCAGAUAACCGGUAACUGGUUCUGAAAGAAAAAAGCUAAGCAAAUGUUUAACUGCUGAUCUUGUCUUAAGACAGAUGAGUAAUGAACCAGAGUUCUUCUUAUCUGGAAAAGCCCCUAUGUCUGCUACCCCUCCCUAAAGCCCCUGCUAUGUCUGCUACCCCUCCCUACUUUGUGGUUUUUGCCUUUAUAAGCUUGUAAAACCUGCUGUUCAGGGCUUGACUCCUCGGCUCCUAAAAGAGUUGUGAGUCAAGCCCCAGCAUGCUGGAAUAAAAUCCUCUUGCUGUUUGCAUCAAGCGCCGUCUCUUGCGGUUGAUUGGGGUCGUCAUCGCUCAGGGCAGAGUGGGGGGUCCUGCCCCAAGUCUUUCAUUUGGGGGCUCUCCCAGGAUUUGACGACAACCCCUCACCUGCAGAGUCGACCUUGGAGCCGUUCGGCACCUCGUGAGAGUGGCCGGACAGUGGUCGGUAGACGUGCCCGGAGGACCACAGGCUGAAAUCCUGGGGGACGCCCCAGGAACUGAGGAGAACCAGGGAUGCCUGGUUGUCUCCUGCUGUAAGGGCGCUGAUCGAGUCCAGUUGUUUGAUCAAAAAUUACGGGAAACGCGCCCGUCUGAUUCUGUUGUAGGCUUGUGAGGGACCAAGUGUGGUAGGUAGGUCCUUGUAUCUGUAAUAUUUCUGUUAUUCCUGUUAUUUGUGUUUCUGACAUAUCUACUGACGAUGGGACAGACCGUGACAACCCCUCUGAGUUUGACUCUAGAUCAUUGGACUGAAGUGAAGAGAAGAGGUCGUGACCUGUCAGUAGAGGUUAAAAAAGGCCCAUGGCAGACUUUCUGCUCCUUGGAGUGGCCCACUUUUAACGUCGGCUGGCCCUCAGGAGGAACCUUUGACUUAUCUCUUAUUUUUGCUAUCAAAGAGAUUGUUUUUCAGAGAGGACCGGGAGCCCAUCCGGAUCAACAACCUUACAUCAUAGUCUGGCAGGACCUGGUGCAGAAUCCGCCCCCCUGGGUUCGGCCAUGGACUGCCACAUCCAGGCCCCCGUCUAAUCCUUGGGUGCUCGCUGUCCAAUCUUCCGGUUCCAGAAAAGGGGGCGACAGCUCGGACCCCCCUAAGAAGAUCUACCCGGAAAUUCAGACUGAUCAUCUUCUCCUCGACCCUCCGCCCCCUCCUCCCCCAUACCCUCCCGCCUUGGCUCCUGUGGGGGGGGGCAGGGAGGACCAGCAAGGCCGGAUCCGGCGAUUGCCCCCUCUGCACCCCCGGGGGAACCUUCACUGGGGCUCGCAUAAGGUACCAGGAGUCACCGCCGGGGAGGAAUGUCUCCCGACACUACUGUUGCCCUGCCCCUGAGGGCAUACGCCCCCCCCCUCGCCCAUGGCAACAGAUGAGGGACCACCUCCUCUCCAGCCCCUCCAGUACUGGCCAUUUUCUUCCACAGACCUGUAUAACUGGAAAACUAAUCACCCCCCUUUUUCAGAAGACCCCCAAUGCCUGACUGGGCUGGUAGAGUCCCUGAUGUUCUCUCAUCAGCCCACAUGGGAUGACUGCCAGCAGCUCAUACAGACUCUCUUCACUACUGAAGAGAGGGAGAGGAUUUUACUAGAAGCUAGGAAGAAUGUACUCGGGGCGGACGGGCAUCCUACCCAGCUCCCCAACAUCAUCGAGGCUGCCUUUCCCCUCUCCAGACCUGACUGGGACUUCAACACGGCAGAAGGU